GGUUAGAAUUAGGUCACACAAACAUUUCGAAAUAAUUUAAAAAUAUAAGUGGAAACAAUUUUGCUACCGAUAUGACAAGAUAUUUUAGCUAAUUUAAUGGGCAAUUCGCAAACAAAGAACACACAGCAGCGGAACAACAAAUCUACGCAUUCAAACCGUGACGGACAAGCCUUCUCAAGUCAGUUUAGCCUGUCCCAUUUCGUUGGUAACCUCAGUGGGCGCUCGCUGGUCAGCGUUACGAGUAACCAGUCCGUGUACAGCGCAUCGCGGCCUUGGUCUCGCGUUUCACGACGAAGAUGGAAUGACUCAACAUUAACCAAUCCGCUCGAAGCCAGUAAGACAGCCUGGCCGGUGGCACAUAAAGAAUCAAUAUUCCUACCAGAAUUUCCCAUAUCCUCUGACUUGCUACAAAAAGAUUUUGAAAUAAAGGAGACAAUAGCCAAGGGUGCCUUUGGACAAGUGUACAAAGUAAACAAAGUUACAGAAGACAAGGAUUACGCUUUGAAAGUUCUUAGCAAAGCCCAGGUGCUCGGUGAUAAUGCAGUGAGGCAGGUGAAAGAAGAAGCGCGUAUACAAAGUGCCUGUGGACACCAUUCCUUCAUUGCCGGGUCUGUGUCGCGCUGGCAGACUAAGAAAAGACUGUAUAUAGUUUCAGAAUACAUUCCGUGCGGGGAGCUGUUGGCUUUGCUGGACCGAUACAGGGUGUUCCCUGAGGAGCUCGUCAAGAUCUUCGUUGCCGAGAUUGCCAUAGCUAUAGAUUUCCUCCACAACGCCGGCGUGAUCUACCGCGACCUGAAACCGGAGAACAUCCUCCUCGACAGCAACCACCACAUCAAGCUCAUCGACUUCGGCCUUUCCAAGUGGCUGUCCCUCGGCGCCCGGACCACCACCCUCUGCGGCACGCUGCAGUACAUGGCCCCGGAAAUACUUAGCCGGGAGCCUUACGGCCAUGCAGUGGACUGGUGGUCGCUGGGUGUCGUCGCCUGUCGAAUGCUGACUGGUCAAUUUCCAGUGCCUGCGGCUGCGCGUAGAGCAACGAGCCGUGCGGAUGACACCGAUGAUGAAAACGAUAUCACAAACCAAGAGCAGCCUGUACCAGGCACGUUACCAAACGCAGGACUGUCGAAAGCCGCCCGCGGUCUGCUGCUGCGUCUCCUCGAUCGAGACCCCAGAGUUCGCAUGAAGAGCUUGAGGCAGUUGGAGCAGUCAGCAUUCUUCAUGGGGUACAAGUUGGACCGAGUGAAGGCUAUGGAGGUUACCCCGAGAUCCAUUCUCGAAUGCCAUUUUCCCGACGGACCUCCGGAUUGCGCUGAAAAUAGAGAAGAUGGCAAUCUACACUUCGAAAACUUUGAAUCUGCUUAAAUUUACAGAAAGCUAAUGAUACGUUCUUAACCAUUCCAUUAGUUAGUGCAUCGGUACCUCAUUACUAAUGUCGAAUAUUAAUUAAAUUUUAUGAUGGUGCCAUAGGUAAAUUUAAUAUUGUUAUAUCUUAAAAAAACUUAUGUCGUUGACUCUUCCAAAGUACCUAAUUAGUUAGUAUUUCUAGUUAGUUUUAUGGUGGUGGAGUAGGUAUUUUAACUAGAUCCAAAAAUGUUAAUGGACCAUUGUCAGUUAUUAGCUUUGCAAUAAUAAGCAUUUAACGAUAUUUGUAAUUCAUGUUAAAUUAUUCAUGUGAAUUAAUUUUUGUUACCUACUAAGUUACGAAUCUCAUUUUUUUAAAUAUAGACCGUCCAAUCUUCUUUUCGUUACAGCCCUUUUAUGCUGAAAUCCACCACUUUGCGCUCGGAAGUCAAAACUUUACACCUACAUUUUGAAAUUUACCUCUUCUUUCUACGACCAAGUUGCGGUGACAGAUUCAUUAAAAAAAUGUCUUUUCUCAAACAUGCA